AUGCCUUUAUACGAGCUCAUUUGCAUUUCGCGGGCAAAUCUGGUGCAGGCGAACAUGGCCGCGCUUUUGAAGCGGUCGGCCGAGACAGUUCUGGACCGCGGAGGCGCAGUGCGCGGCUUUGUCAACCUGGGACGCGACCAGCCGCUGCCGUACCGGAUGAAGCGGCACAUGGAGUACCACACGCACGGAUCGUUCUGGCUGAUGCACUACUACUCCAACCCAAAGACCACCGGAGUGCUGAUGAGCCAGCUCAAGCUCGAUCCGCGGAUCGUCCGGUGCAACGUAGUCAAGGUCACCGACAAGCUGGAGGAGAUGGUGGCGCUGCCCGAGAAGACAUAG